AUAGAAAAGUUCUGGAAUUUGCAUCCGGCAAGUUUUGGAUUGCCGAUAUGAUGUAGGUGAAAAUAACAUCCAAACACCCGACCCCCAACUGGGCCAUGCUGGGGGCGGAGCAUGGAUUCUGGAUUCAUGUGACUGCAUGGAUUGUCUGCUGCUGUUGUGUUGAACUGCUUUGACUUUUGAAUGAGAGAGGGAGGAGGCGAGCGAGUCCCGAACUCUGCACUCUGCCCUCCUAUCCAUGGGGUACUCCAUAUCCUACAUCCCGCUCUUGGGUUUCUGCCUCCUCGUCCUUCCCGUUCAUCCACCCUGCCCCGCCCUGCCACGACCCAUGAUACCCGGUCUUUCAGAAAUGGAUCAUGGUUGGUGAGCGAGGAGCCCGUGUGGCCCGAGGGCCUCGGGGACGGGCUGGGCGGGGAUUUCGCCGCGGUCGCGGUUUUCGGGGAAAGGGGCGGGGUCAAUGCCCGGCCGGGGCUGAGAGCCAGCCUGCCAAUCGCUCCGGUGGCUGGCCUGUGCGAUCCCGUGGGGGAGCGGUUCCCUCGCGCCCUGGCCACCAUGAUGCGUCAGCCCUGAUGCGGGUGCCUCAUACCGGCCUGAACGACGUUCAAAUCCACGCCCAUUCCGUGGUGGACGAGUCGGUCUCCACUGGCCAUGAGCGCGUCUAUCAGGCCUGGCGGAUCUACCUCCCUACGCAAGAGUUUUCUCCCUUUUCGCCGCACUUGAUCAAAUUAAAAGCGGCCCAGACGUUCUUCGCUUCGGACUUGUUCCACGGACCCACACGUGAAGAACUGUACGUUCGGAAAGCGUUUUCGGUGCCUCUGUCCACUUGGCAAAGUGACCCCGCGGUUCUGCGAGAUUGGCCCGAGUUCGAGCGUGAUUGGCUCGAGCACGGUGAGAUCGUGGUGGGCAUUUUGAGUUUAGCGCGUCAUCAAAUGAUUUUGGCGGAGCUCAAAGCCGAGAUGGAAGUCAAUGCUCAAACCACCGGUUACCCGAUAGCCGCCCUACCCGUUAAUUUCCCCAUCAUACGCGCCCGGUUCACCAACGUGGGUUCAUUGAUGCCGUUGAAGGACUUAAAGACGUCUGCCUUCAAUCAAACCGUCAGUAUCCAGGGUACCGUGGUGCGGGUUUCCCACACCCGACCGUGUUGCACUUGGCUGGCAUUCAAAUGCCUCACUUGUCAGGGCGUCCAAUCUGUGUAUCAACCGUAUGGUAAAUUUCUGGAGCCCAUUCGAUGCCCGGGAACGGCGUGUCGGGGUCGUCGGUUUUCUGCCCUGCGAUCCCAUCGUCAGACCAUCACCGUGGAUCGCCAAACCAUCCGAGUGCAAGAGAUCGUCCAACAUGAGAGUGGCCGCGUGCCCCGGACGAUCGAAAGUGAACUCACCGAGGAUCUGUGUGAUUGCGCCGUCCCUGGCGACGUGAUAACACUCACGGGUGUGGUCAAAAAUGCCAACGUUAUGGAAAAGGGGGCCGGCAAGGAUCGAUUCAUGUUUCAAUUGUAUUUGCAUGCGGUUUGCAUUCAAAAUGCCAAGUCGUCCCGAAGUGGGCGGGAUCGCUCAAGUCAUGCGGGGAUCGAGUUCACCUUGGAAGACUAUUCGCUUGUACGGGAAAUUCAUGCCUUUGAUAGUCAAAUUUUCAAGCUGGUCGUGCAUUCGCUUUGUCCGUCCAUAUAUGGACAUGAUCUUGUAAAAGCCGGAUUCAUCCUGGGUCUCUUUGGCGGGACAAAUCGUAAUCAAGGGGACAAAUCUGCCUUGUCCGUCCGUGGAGAUCCUCACAUUCUCGUGGUGGGUGAUCCUGGAUUAGGCAAAUCUCAAAUGCUCACAAGUUGUGUGAGUGUGGCUCCCAGGGGCGUUUUCGUAACAGGGAAUACCACAACCUCCUCUGGCCUCACUGUCACUUUGUCUAAAGAAGCGGGUAAUGAUUUUGCGUUGGAGGCUGGAGCCUUAGUCUUGGCGGAUCAGGGCUGUUGUUGCAUUGAUGAGUUUGACAAGAUGAACUCGCAAUAUCAGGCUCUUUUGGAGGCCAUGGAGCAACAAUCCAUUUCGAUUGCCAAGGCUGGGGUGGUCUGCUCUUUACCCGCUCGAACGGGCGUACUAGCAGCAGCCAAUCCCGUAGGCGGGCAUUACAACAAGUCCAAAACGGUCUCGGAAAAUUUAAAACUUAAACCAGCGUUGCUUUCGCGAUUUGACCUUGUCUUCAUACUGAUCGACAAACCCAACGAAGAAAUGGAUCAGUUCUUGUCAGAGCAUAUCAUGAAGCUUCACAAGAAACAAACCCAGCCCAAGUCCAACGAUGAGUGGCCCACUCUGGUUGGUCCAGGGGAUGCAGCUCAACUAGCCCACAUCCCCGAGGAUGCCACCCUGAUUGAGAGACUCCGGAAAAACCCGCGAGAAACGAUCCAACCAAUUGGACAUGACCUUCUGAGGAAGUACAUAGCCUACGCCCGGAAAUAUGUGUCGCCCGAACUCACGUCCGAAGCUUGUCGGAUUCUUCAGGACUUUUACGUCGAACUUCGACAAAAGUAUCACUCUUCUGAGUCGAUGCCGAUUACUCUGCGUCAAUUGGAGUCCCUGAAACGUUUAACGGAGGCUCGAGCUAAGGUGGAACUGCGCGAAGAGGCCACUGAACAAGAUGCUCGAGACGUGGUGGAGAUUAUGCGAGCCAGUAUGAUCGACACUUAUUCAGACGGUGAAGGUGUCCUUGAUUUUUCGAGAAGUCUCAACGGCUCAGGCAUGUCGACCCGAGGAGCGGCUAAAAAGUUUGUAAAUGCCUUGCAAAAGCGGGCCAACAUGUUGCGGCAAGAAAUAUUUUCUGUCGACGAAAUGAAAUCCAUUCUCUCAGGGUGUGGAGCCCAAGUGGCUAAUUUCUUUGAUUUUUUAACGUCGUUAAACACUCAAGGGUAUCUGUUAAAAAAGUCAGCCAAAUCCUACCAAUUGCUUACAGUUGAGUUCUAAAAAUAUACCUUAUUAGAUACA